AUGGUGGCCGCUCCGUGCGCCCGGCGGCUGGCGCGGCGCUCCCGCUCGGCGCUGGUGGCGGCGCUCACCGUGCUGCUCCUGCAGACCCUCCUCGUCUGGAAUUUCACCUCCCUCGACGCCGGCGAGGAGCAGCGCGGCGGCGCCGCUGGCCGCGAGAAGCGAGACCGCGGCGGAGACCAGCGGGCGCACCCGCAGCGCCGCGGACCCGCCGCCCCGCACGGCAAGGCGAUGGAUGGCUAUUUUUCCCACCGACCGAAAGAGAAAAUGCGAACAGACAGCAAUAAUGAAAACUCAGUCCCCAAGGACUUUGAAAAUAUUGAUAACAGUAACUUUGCUCCCAGGACUCAGAGGCAAAAACACCAGUCUGAGCUGGUGAAAAAACCCCUUAGCAAGCAAAAGGAGCACUUGAGAAAGAAGCUAGAAGAGGAGAAGAUGAAGGUGAACUUGCUGCUGGGGAAGAACUCCAAUGAGGUGGUGCAAUUCAGUGAUCACCCUGGAAAAAACAGCAGCAGCAGCAAGAGCAACAAUUUGAAGGAGAUUCACAGGUCUCCCAGGCAGCAUCAUUUAAAAAAAAGUGGAAACAGCUCCCCUGAACUGAGAUACGACCAACCACCAAAGUGUGAGGUAACAGGCAAAGAGGCAAUCUCAGCCAUGUCCCGGUCUAAAUCCAAGCAGUGUCGGCAGGAGAUCGCAGAGGUGUAUUGUCAGCACAAGCAUGGAAAGCUGAUGCCGGAGAAGGUGACGCGUUUCUGUACGCUGGAGGGAAAAGCCAACAACAAUGUACAGUGGGAUGAGGACUCCGUAGAAUACAUGCCAGCCAACCCAGUCAGGAUCGCAUUUGUCUUGGUUGUUCAUGGCAGAGCUUCUCGGCAGCUCCAGCGCAUGUUUAAGGCUAUUUACCAUAAAGACCAUUUUUAUUACAUUCAUGUUGACAAGCGAUCCAAUUACUUGCACCGGCAAGUCCUCCAGUUUGCCAACCAGUACCCAAAUGUGAGAGUCACUUCUUGGAGAAUGGCAACUAUCUGGGGAGGAGCAAGUCUUCUGUCCACCUACCUGCAGACCAUGAGGGACUUAAUGGAGAUGAAUGACUGGCCGUGGGAUUUCUUCAUUAACCUCAGUGCUGCUGACUACCCAAUCAGGACAAAUGACCAGCUAGUAGCAUUUCUGUCCAGAUAUCGUGAUAUGAACUUCUUGAAAUCACACGGGAGGGACAACGCAAGAUUUAUCAGAAAACAAGGACUGGAUCGGCUUUUCCUGGAAUGCGAUACCCACAUGUGGCGCCUGGGGGAUCGGAGGAUCCCAGAAGGAAUCGCAGUCGAUGGAGGGUCAGACUGGUUUCUCCUGAACAGGAAGUUCGUGGAGUACGUCACUUUUUCUAAUGAUGAUCUGGUAACAAAGAUGAAGAGGUUUUACUCUUACACGUUGCUUCCUGCUGAGUCCUUUUUUCACACUGUUCUGGAAAACAGCCCGUACUGUGACUCCAUGGUGGACAACAACUUGCGGAUCACGAACUGGAACCGUAAACUUGGUUGCAAGUGUCAGUACAAGCACAUUGUUGACUGGUGUGGCUGUUCGCCUAAUGACUUCAAACCAGCAGACUUCCACCGAUUCCAGCAGACUGCCAGGCCAACUUUCUUUGCCCGCAAAUUUGAAGCUGUAGUGAAUCAAGAGAUAAUUGGCCAGUUGGACUACUACUUGUAUGGCAACUACCCAUCUGGCACACCCGGCCUCCGGGCAUACUGGGAGAACGUGUACGAUGAGCCUGAUGGCGUGCACACCCUCAGCGAUGUUGCCCUCACCAUGUACCAUGCGUUCUCCCGCUUGGGCCUGCGGAGAGCUGAGACUUCAUUCCAUGCUGCUGGAGACAACAGCUGCCGAUACUACCCCAUGGGCCAUCCAGUUUCUGUGCACCUUUACUUCCUUGCUGACCGUUUCCAAGGCUUCCUAAUCAGACACCACGCAACCAAUCUAGCUGUCAGUAAACUAGAAACUUUGGAAACAUGGGUGAUGCCAAAGAAAGUCUUUAAGAUCGCAAGUCCACCAAGCGAUUUCGGAAGGUUACAGUUCUCAGAGAUUGGCACCGAAUGGGACGCCAAGGAAAGGCUUUUCCGGAAUUUUGGAGGACUCCUCGGGCCGACAGAUGAGCCAGUUGGCAUGCAGAAAUGGGGAAAAGGCCCCAACGUCACUGUUACUGUCAUUUGGGUGGAUCCUGUUAAUGUAAUUGCAGCAACAUAUGAUAUUCUUAUUGAAUCCAGUGCCGAAUUUACUCACUACAAACCACCUUUGAAUUUGCCCCUGCGACCCGGUGUCUGGACGAUAAAAAUUCUUCACCAUUGGGUACAGGUAGCUGAAACCAAAUUCCUUGUUACUCCUCUCACCUUCUCUAAUCGGCAGCCUAUCAAACAAGAGGAAGCCAUGAAGUAUCACAACGGGCCUCCAAAGAACGCGUACAUGGAGCAGAGCUUCCAGGGCUUGAACCCCGUCUUGAAUAUCCCCAUCAGUGCCACCCGCAUGGACCAGGCCAAGAGGAAUGCAGGGCUCGUGGGCGCUGGGCUGGAAGCCUGGGUGGACUCUCUGGUCGGCAGCGUCUGGUCAGCCGUGGACAUCUGCAGCACUGGCCCCACUGCCUGCCCAGUCAUGCAGGGCUGCGCUCAGACAGCCUGGAGCUCCCUGAGCCCGGACCCCAAAUCUGAGCUGGGUCCCGUCAAACCCGACGGUCGCUUGAGGUAGCAUCCGGUACGCUCUCCUCCGGCAUAGGUUUUUAAAAGGGAAUUUAACCUUGCUC